ACAACCAUGUGGACAUUGCUCUAUGGAUUAAGAAACUCCAGGAAUACGAAUGGAUAGCUGUUGUCCUGAGGAGUUUGCAAGAGAAGAAGAAUGGAUCUUCAUGUGUCAGAUAACUCUGACAGUCCAGCCAACAUGGAGCGCAUGAGCAGGACUAAAGUGGACCAGGGGAGACAGACGCACCAGGUCUUACAGAGCACUCCUUUAGACCUGAUAGAGACAGGCAAGUCUCUCAGAGUCCAGGCAGAGCGCCCCCACCUGGUCAGUUUGGGAAGUGGACGCUUGAGCACGGCUAUAACCUUGCUUCCACUUCAGGAAGGGAGGACCACGCUGGGCAGCGGGGGGACAGAUAUCCCUCUGCAGGGCCCCGGGAUCGCAGCUACACACUGCUACAUUGAGAACCAAGCAGGCAGUAUCACACUGUACCCAUGUGGGAACCAGUGCUUAGUGGAUGGGCUGCCCAUCACAAAACCAUAUCGCCUGUCACAAGGGUGCAUGCUGUGUUUUGGUCAGUCUGCUUUUUUCCGCUUCAACCAUCCAGAGGAAGCCCUGCGGAUGAAGAGCAUGCUGCCUGGAGGGAGCCAAGGACUGAGCAGCACAAAAUCUCAUCCUAACGACAUCCACAGUGUCCUAAACGGGAACUAUCAGUCUCCUACAAGUAAUGGAGACUCUAAAAACAACAACCUGGCAAAGAACCUGCAGGACUCCCUGGUGCUGAAGGCCUCCUCCUCAUCAGGAUCCAAACUGCCAAUACGUCAGAAUUCUCCUCCUAACAUGCUCAACGGGAGAAACGGCUCCACGACAGAGGACUCGUGCAGCUUUCGCGGUCAGAACCUUGGCAACAAAACCCCUCCUGUACCGUCCAGGUCCCCUCAAAUCAACAGCGCUCCUGUCCCCCAUCCACGAGGCACACUUUCUGUGGCUGGGAGCGGUACUAGUGAAGGUCUGAGGGCCCAAGAGAGCCCGAAGCUUCUUAGGAAUGUAAGAGCAGAAGCAACGUCGAGCCCCACACCUAGCAGGGGGUCAGGGCACAGCACAGAAAACUCUAAAAUACCAUCCCCCGCCAAAUUUUCCCCAGCAGCUCCAUCCAGCCCCCGGGUGAGAGGUUCCUCCCUGCAGAAGAGAUCGCCCAGUCCCAUGAGAGAUUUGCACCACUCUCAUGUAGAUGUCCCUCAAAGGAUCAGGACUCCAGAGCCCGCUGGAUCCACAAGUCGGAGAAAUCUUCCUCCUCACAGCCCUUACGCGUCCCGCAAGGGGACUCCAGGAUUGCAGGGCACGGCUCCUGUCCCCGAGAGCCCCCAGGGACAUCGCAAGCAGACCGCUUCAAAGGCAGAAGCCAUGAGGGUCAUGUACGCCCAGAGUCCAUUGUCUCACCCUGAGCUGGAGAAGGAGCCCGGAGGGAAGCAGACAAGACCUGGAGAUACCAUGUCAGGCCUGGGCUCUAUGUCUGGUUUAUCUCCUUUUUCAAGUCCUCAAGGCAAAAGAAAGACCCCCUGCAUGACCGGAUCCUCCAGCAAGGACCAGAGUAUUACAAAACCAUAUACUCGGGAACGCAAAAACAGCAUCUCUAAGAUCAGUGACAAUGAGGAUGAGCUACUGGAGUACCACCGUUGGCAGAGAGAGGAGAGGCUGCGGGAGCAGGAGAUGGAGAAAAUAGAGCGACAGAGACUGGAGACCAUCCUGAAUCUGUGUGCAGAGUAUAACCAUGAGGACAGUGCUGUGGAGCUGGCUGAGGUGGUGAGGAGUGGGCUUCUGGGAGGAAGCUGCUCGGAGACAGGACGCGGUAUGUCUCUUCAGGGAUUAGACCGAGCCCAGAGGGUGACGGAGAACGAUGAAGAGACCCAGAGAGAGGAGUCCAGCAGCACAGAGAGCACACCAAGAGAGCUGUUAGUUGGGCAAGAGCAAAUCUACCUGGAGGAGGAGAGGAGCAGGGUCCUUGCCCGGGUCGAUGACUGGAAGCAGAGAGUCAGUGAACUGGAGCAGCAGCUACAAGAGACCAAACAGGAGGUGGAGAUGGAGCAGGCCCUGCUGCAGGCAGAGCGCCGGGCAGAGCAGGAGCAGGUGGAGGCUGAAAAUGAAAUCAUUUCACAGCUGCAGCUCAAACUCAGCCAGCUGGACAAGGCCACCCAGAAAGAGAAGGACAAGGGGAGGGCUAAUGUGUCGGCUGAGCGGAAGGCCCUGGAAAAGCAGAGGAAUGAGUACAAUGAGCUGAAGAGGCAGUUUGAUAAGUGCCCCUUGUCUCUAAGGGAACAGUUACAGGAGCAGCUCAGCAGGAGAGCUGAAGCUCUGGAGUCUGGGACCAAGCAGUUUGAGGAGCUGGAGUUCUGUCAGCUGGAGGCAGAGAGCAGUCUGGAGGAGAAGAAGGACACGCAGAGCUCGCAGCUUCUCCAGGAGAGAGCCGAGUAUCAUUGCAGUGUGGCCAAGAGGAAGGAGAAGAUGGGUGCUCUGGACGCUCAGGUGAAGCAGCUUGGGUUACAAGCAGCUCAAGACUGUGAGAGGAUUGCUAAAGACAGGACAGUGACCCUGCAGCUGUUACACAAGGAGCAGGACAGAUUGUGUGCUCUAGAGAAGAGGUACCACGCCAUCACAGGAGAGAACUUCCCAAAACACAACAGCAGCAUGAAGGAGGAAUUUCUUCACAUCAGCGAGCCUGACCUUGCUUAUGCGGACGGUCCUCCUCAUAGCCUCUGUCCCUCCUCUGCCUCCUUCUCAUCCUCUCACACCCCCUCCCCUGAAAUAUAUCCUGUUAGACCGCAAGAGGAGUACCUCCGGCUCUCUGAUAUCUAUAGGAUGUACGGAAAUGCUGCUCUGCAACCUCACUCUUCUUCCCCUGCUGCUCUCCACUGCCUUUCCCUCACUGCGGCUCCAACUCUGCCAUGUGAGGAGUACAUCACAGUCAACCAGUUAAGCCAGAUCUUUGGGAUGCAGAGACUUGAUCCCCCCUCUUCCUCAUCUACUCCAUCAUUCCAACAUGCCUCCUCUCACGCCUCCUUCUCAUACCACCAAACUGCAUGUGGUCCUCCCGCUUUUCUCUCAGCACAGAGCCAGCCUGAGCUGAGCAGGAAUGUAAUGCCUCCACUUAACCUCGAGAGCUGGUACCAGGAGAUCAUGUCUGCUGGGGAGCAGUCAUGUCCUCCUCCACUGCCUGCAAAGACUUUUUCCACACGCAGACAGGGGCAGCUAUUAAAGUCAAAAUCGGACGGUGAGGUUGGACAGGCAGCAUUAUGCAGCGCUGCAGCUCUGUCACACUCAGGUGCUGCUGCUCAUGACAGAAAUGCGUCCACCAAGGGGCUACAGUUGAUGCUGAGAGAGAUGUCAAACCCAUUAGACAUGGAGUCCAGGAGACAGUUUGUCCUGCAGAACAAAGAUCUGUCUCCCACAGUCCAUCACUCCAUCCUCCAUCAUCAGACACCACCCAGUGGAAACCAGGCGUACGACACCCUGAGCCUGGAGAGCUCAGACAGCAUGGAGACCAGCGUCUCCACCGGCAACAACUCCGCCUGUACCCCAGAAAGUGCCUGUGGGCUGGAGGCCCAGAGGAUAGAGGAGAUGGAAAAGAUGCUGAAGGAGGCGCAGCAGGAAAAAGCCCGGCUGAUUGAGAACAGAGAGAGGGAGGUGCAGGCUCGGCGGCAGAUGUUGGAGGAGGAGCGGAGGAGGCGAGAGGAGGCUGAGAGGAGGCUUCUGGAUGAGACGGCCCACAGGCAGAGGCUGGUGGAGGAGGAGGUGAAGAUGAGAGAGAAACACUUCUCCCAGGCCCGUCCAAUGACGCGCUAUCUGCCAAACCGGAAGGAGGAGUUUGACCUGCGUUCCCACGUGGAGUCGUCGGGUCACAACAUAGACACCUGCCCCUUCGUCAUCCUCAAUGAGAAGAUGUGCAAGGGUCACCUGGUGAAGAUGGGCGGCAAGAUCAAGUCGUGGAAGAAACGCUGGUUCGUUUUUGACCGUCUCAAGAGGAACUUCUCUUAUUAUGUCGACAAGCACGAGACCAAACUGAAAGGACUCAUUUACUUUCAGGCCAUUGAAGAGGUUUACUACGAUCACCUGCGCAGUGCCACAAAGAGUCCAAACCCGUCUUUGACCUUCUGUGUGAAAACCCACGACCGCCUCUACUACAUGGUGGCCCCGUCCCCAGAGGCCAUGAGGAUCUGGAUGGAUGUCAUAGUAACGGGAGCCGAGGGAUACACCCAGUUCAUGAGCUGAGGGACCAGAGGGUGACAGAUGUUGGGGGGGGCGGCAGAGGCACCCAGGCACCUGUGGGCUGAUUCCUGGACGAACCUCGGGCUGAAGCCUGAUGGCGAGUAACGGACAAACGUUUGAAAAGAUGAAAGCUUUCACAAGACGCCUGAUGCCUUUGAGCAAAUGAGGGUAAAGGGAUGGAGGUACAUCUGUAAGAACAUAUGAUCGAUAUUUAUCUUGCAGACAAUAUUAGAAGGAAAAUAGUUUGAGCAACCUGCCGAUGGUUUUAUAAUCAAACACAUUCUGUAAACAAAGUCUAUGUUAACAUUCAAAUAUACAUUUUUUAUAUUCAGAUGGAACUACAGGACAAUUUUACACCUAUGAAGCCAGUCUGUGCAUGCAGUGUUAUCACUCUAACCGAUGCCUUUUUUUUGAUACAUUUCUCAUUUUUCCCUCGAGUUUGUUCUCUUUUUUUCCUCAGAUGAAAAAUAAUAUCUUUGUAUUUCAAAACACUAAAAAAAAGUGAAGAAAAAAAAAGAACAUUUUAGUAGAAAAAGAUUUUUAAGCUAUUUUAAAAAGCUACUCAUCAUCUGGUGACAUUAUUGGUGCCAAAUACUUCCUGUAAUCUUUUGUCAGAAUUGUACAAUGUAACUGUUAAUAUGACUUGAUAUAUUGUUAUAAGGGCUUUUUAUUCACAAGAAUAACGCAGCAUUCAUGUGUCUGUAUUAAACGCGGAGAUGUUAAAAGAUGAGCUGAGAGCAUAAAUUAUAGUGGAAAAGAUGCUGUCAAACUACCAUACAGUGAAUAAAAACAUAUGACGCAUUUUG